ACUAACCUUAAACCUAGUACUUUUUGGGAGAAACAAGGGGUGGUGGAUCAUGGAAGGGGUUUCCAGGGAAGCCCAGAUGUCAAUCGCCGCUUCCUCCAUGUUUCCUGGCUUCAGAUUCUGUCCCACCGAUGAAGAGUUGAUUUCUUAUUACCUUAGGAAGAAGUUGGACGGCCAUGAAGACAGUGUUCAAGUCAUUCCCGAGGUUGAGCUUUGUAAAUACGAACCUUGGGAUUUACCAGCCAAAUCGUUCAUUCAAUCAGAUAACGAAUGGUUCUUUUUCUCUCCACGUGGAAGAAAGUACCCAAAUGGUUCUCAAAGUAAAAGAGCAACAGAGUGUGGAUAUUGGAAGGCCACUGGCAAAGAACGCAAUGUAAAGUCAGGUUCUAACGUUAUAGGAACAAAGCGCACUUUGGUGUUCCACUUAGGGCGUGCACCUAAAGGAGAAAGAACUGAAUGGAUUAUGCAUGAGUACUGCAUCAAUGACAAGUCUCAGGAUUCUUUGGUCAUAUGUCGCCUCAAGAGGAACACUGAUUUCCGUUUGAACGAUGCUUCAAAUAGAGCUUCUUCAAGUCAAAGGCACCCCGUGAAUUCACAUGAGAGUGGUUGUGCUGUCUCAGAAGGUGGCACUGAUCAAAGGGGUGUCUGUGAGCAAGAUAAAGAGGUCGGGUGUAGCUCCAAACGUAGCAGUAGCAGUUAUGGUUCAAUGGACCAAAUUGAUUCUGUUUCCGAAUCAAAUCCGCGACCAGCUAAUGAAGCUACUUUGACAGAAUCUUCAAAUCAACCAAAGGAGGCGUAUGAAGAGGAUUGUUAUGCUGAGAUACUAAAGGACGAUAUCAUCAAACUAGAUGAAUCAUCAAUCUCAGAAGAGGGUCACACAAGAGCACAGGAUCCAGCACAAGUGCAUCCCGCACAAGGCACAGCACAACGAAGAAUAAGAUUAAGGAUAGGGAAUUCAAAGCAUUCUCCUGCAGUAGUUCGUUUCCCAAGCACAAUCCACUCAUCAAAGAGUGCCUUAGCCAACCGUUUGGCGAUGUUUGCUUUCUUCAUUUUCACUUUGAUAGUUCUAUAUUUUUGGUCUUUAUUGUGUGGACUCAAGCCUUUCAGAUUUCGUGUACAAAUGAACGAUGGACUUCUAACCUCUCGAACCAUGUCGAGGCCCAUGUUGCUUGUUUUCUUGCUGAUUGUACUUAUAAUCACCUCGCAGUUCGAGUGGAAGCAGCAGCUUGUGGCCGAUGUUGACUCCAACCCCAGUGUAACUCAGAAGCAGCAUCAAAUUUCUAAGGCUGAAGAGACUGUAAAGGAGAAGAUAAUUCUAGUGCAAGAGAAAAAUAUUCGAAGACUGAAUGAGCUAGUACGGCAUCUCCAGGAACAACUGCAGCAGUGUAGAGGACGCAAUGGAACUAUAAAUGGCACCGUAAGUCCUCUAGCUGAGCGGAUUCUUGAGCUUGAGCGACAGCAAAUUUUAGAGGAUUAAGCAAGUGCAGCAAGUAUGGUACGAUAAUGAUGUUCAUCUUUAUGCUCAAGCUGUAAAGUUGUCACUCAAUUCGUUUGGAGGGAACGUUGUAGCGGAUUUGCUCCCUGUCUUGAGUUACGAUUUUCAACUCUUAUCUCAAUGAAAAGUUGUUGAAUGGUAUACAAGUAUUAUAUCUGAUACCGGUUAGUGCGUUUCUGUAGUUCAACAUUUUCAUUUUUCUCUCUUGAUGUCUACUACUACCGUCCUUUACGCACAUACAUAUAUAUAUAAGAUCUUUGACUAAACUCUUUUUGUUUAAA